AUGACUGACCUUAUCAUACAAGGUAUCGGCAAAGCUACCGCGUUCUCAUUUGCUCGCCAUGGAGUACGUCAAUUAAGCCUAGCUGACAUUGACCUCGGGGCAGCCCAACAAACAGCCAACGAUAUCGAGUCCCGAUUUCCCGGUGUCAAAGCCGUUGCGCGCAAAGUAGAUGUCCAAUGCGAGGCAUCCAUCAACACAGCAGUUGCUGAUACCGUGAGCCAGCUUGGUAGAAUUGAUUAUGCGGUCAACAGUGCGGGGGUUGGAGGCCCUCUCGCUUUGUCAGCUGACCACGAGGUAGAGGGAUGGACGAAAACGCUUGACAUAGACCUGACAGGUGUUUGGCUAAGCAGUCGGGCUGAGAUUAGAGCGAUGUUACAGCAAAAGAGAUAUGAAGAUGCUUCCCGCCGCCAUAACUUAGGAGUCAUUAUCAAUGUAGCUUCAAUGUAUGGUAUCGUUGGAACUUCCUUGAAUGUUCCAGUGGUCUCAUAUACAGCUGCGAAGCACGGUGUGAUCGGUCUAACACGAGCGGAUGCUCUCGCUUAUGCACCUCGAGACAUCAGAAUCAACGCGAUUUGCCCAGGAUAUGUUCGAACCCCUCUCAUCGAAAAUAGCAUGCAGACCGAUAUUAUGCAGAGAGAAGGAGCCAAGAUCCCAGUAGGAAGAGUUGCUGAUAUGGACGAGAUUGCGGAUCAUAUUACCUUCCUCGCGUCACCAAUGAGCAGCUAUAUGUAUGGCUCAGCACUUGUGGCAGACGGGGGAUUCACAACUCAAUGA